UACUACUAUAAUAAUAAACCAAUCUCCAUUUCCUACCUCCUUCCUCUAAAUUACUCCACUCCCUCUCACAAAAUCCUAACACCUUAAUUUCUCUUCUCAUCUCUUCUUCACUUCUCUUCUUCACCUCUCUCACUUCAUAAAUAAAAAAAAUCCAUCAUCUAAUUUGUUAAUUUCCUGUGGCAUGGGAUUGAGCAAUCAACCACUUGACUGGGGCCAAACGCUCCUCCCCUCCGAGACAUCGAAACCGCCCCCAAAUCGUCGGCAACAGCCGCAGACGGAGGCCUUAAAGUGCCCUCGAUGCGCCUCCACAAACACCAAAUUCUGCUACUACAACAACUACAACAAAUCCCAGCCGCGCCACUUCUGCAAAUCCUGCAAGCGCCACUGGACCAAAGGCGGCACCCUCCGUAACGUCCCCGUCGGCGGCGCCCGCAAAAACAAACGCCCCAAGACUUCCAAAUCCGCCGCCGUCAAGCACACCGCCGCUGGAGACAAGAACAUGUCUACUAUUCUUUACCAAGCGUUGAUCGGCCGCUCCUCCUCUUCACCGGCAAUGCAUGAAACGACGUCGUCGAGAGUGUCCCCUUUCGCCGGAGGAAAUGUGACUCAGGUUAUUCCGGCUACGGAAUUUCAAUUCUCGAGUUCAAACAUGAAUGGUUCAAGUUCGUAUGGAUUUGAUCAAUUCGCCGGAAAUCUUGAUUCGGUGGAGGAGUCGACGAUCACCACCGUGAAUGCUCCGGUCAGCGGCGGAGGCGGGGGUUGGGAGAUGGAUUUGCCUAGCUAUUGGAGCUGGAACGAAGUCGAUGUGUUGGGAUCAUCAGGUGAUCUGAGUGUGUCUUGGGAUGAAGUGAUCAAACCCUAAAUUAAAAUUCAGUUUGGUAAUAGGUGAAUAAUUAAGAGUAUAAUCUUGCCCUAAUUUUAAGAGUUGUGACAGUUAAAUUUGUAUCUAUCAUAUAGUUUGUGGGAGCUGUCCUUUUUAGAAUCAGCUUCGGAGGUACGUACGAGACAUAUUUAAUGUGUCGUUUGUUUGUAUUUUUCACUCUUGAAAUAGAAUGAAUUCAUGUGAAA